UAGCUCGUCAAAAUUAGUGCAUUUUAGUGAUUUUAGGUGAAGACCAGUGAAUUGAAGAUUCGAAUAAAACAUAAAUUAAUAAAGAAAAUCAGAUUUUUCGACAUUUCUAUUCUCGGUCGACUUUUUUGCAGUUAAAAUGCAUAUUUUCCGAUAGGAGCUUAUCAGAGACUUUGUGUUUGUUUUGGUGUGAUCGGUGUGAUAAGUGACAAAGUAAAUAAAUAAAAAUGCAAUUUAACCCUGGAGAUAAUCCUGGAAUUGUGGCAAAUGAACUUUGGUCUUAACAAUUUAUGUAUUAAAUUAUGCUUCGUCGAAACAGGACGAGAUCAAAGCCGUUUAUCAUCGCACUGAUAUUAGCAUCCGUUUUAUUAUACAACGAAUUUAUUGUUUACGAAAUACAAAGUUUAAAAUGGAAUUUUCGAGAAUGCACGGAUUGUGUGCGGGUUUUACUUGUCGCUGAUCCACAAAUAUUAGGAGUCAGAAAUGAGAAUUACAAUGGAGCUUCACUGGCGAUUUGGGACAGUGAUAGGUAUUUGGCGAAAACGUUUUCGAGAGCGAUUAGACAUGCGGAUCCCCAUGCAAUUGUAUUUCUUGGUGAUUUAAUGGAUGAGGGACACAUUGCAUCUUCUGCAGAUUUUGAAAAAUAUAAGCACAGAUUAAACUCCAUUUUUCAGACUUCCGAUCAUGUAAUGAAAAUAUUCUUGCCGGGAGAUAAUGACAUAGGUGGAGAAGAAGAUAAUGUUUCAAAGCGCAUUCAUGAGAGAUUUAAUUUUGCCUACACUCAGCCCGAUACUUUAGUCUUGAAAAGCGUCACUUUUUUUAAGGUCAACAGAUUAGUGCAUGAUAUACCUCCAGCUCCCAGAGAUGCAUUUCUUAACGAUUAUGCUGAAAGAAACACAACCAACGUUGUACUUAGUCACAUGCCUCUACUUUUCAUGCCUGGUACUUUUGUGCAAAAUGUGCUUAAAGAGUUAUCUCCACAAAUAAUAUUUAGUGCUCAUGAGCACAAGGCAAUGCACACGAGCCUCGACACAGCCACGGACCAACUAAGUGAAAUUCGACUUCUUCCGCCGCAAGAAGUUUCGUUUUACCAAUUACGAUUGGACAUGGGUGAUGUCCACGAAAUACAAAUACCGACGUGCUCUUACCGAAUGGGAACACGACACAUGGGCUAUGGAUUGGCAUUUAUUAAUACUCAGGAAAAGACUUUGGAUUUCACGAUUUUAUGGUUGCCUGAAAGAUUUCGACUGCUUUUAAUUUAUGUUGUGGUUGGCUCGAUUGUAGCCCUUCUUUCUGCCAUAAUGCUUAUUUGCGGUCGACGACCAAAUCACAUUUCUUAUUCUCGAGCGUCUAUGAUGUAAUUAAAUUAUUAUUUUAACCCGAGAUUUUGAAACGCGAUAAGGUUUUUUUCAAUGAAAGUUUAGAUUUAAAUUUCCGUACAAAUUUUUCAAGGACUUUUAUUUUAAUCAUCUGAUUAUAUAUCACUGAUUUGAAUUUUUUCAUGCUCUCUACAUUAAAAAAAAAAAAAUAUAUAUAUAUAUAUAUGCCAAAAACACUUUUAUAUUAAUAUAUUCAAUCUAUUUUGAAUUUCAUAUAUGAAAUUAUCUACAUAAAAUAAGUAAAAUAUUAAAAAAUUGGCAGAAAAAAUUAUUCUGUAAAAAAAAAUUAUUAUAAAACACUACAGUUACUUAAUUUUUCUUUACAAAUGACUCAUUGAGGAAGUGAGAAAUAUUCUUAGGGAAAAAGUAUUAUUUCUUGUUAAUUCAAAAAUUAAUUGAAAAAAAUCCAGGAAGAAAUGUAGCUUAGAAAUCUUCUCAAUUGGGGAAGUUGAAAUUUAGGAAUGUGAAGUCCUACUUUAUAUUUAAUGGAAUAUCGCAGGCUGGUUAUUUGUUAUUACUAUUACGGAUAAUUAUUGGACUGUGAGGAUUUAAUGUAUUUAAAAUUCAAAAGGACUGAAAUAAUUAUGCUGGGCAACAAAGAUAAUGCGAUAGGUACAGCCUUGAUACUAAUUUAGUAAAACAAAGUAUUAAGAUACUAUUAAUGUGAAACAAAAGUAUGUACCUAAUGUUAAUAAAUAUAUAAUGUUAAA